AUGAAGGCUUUAUGCGAUAGAUUUGCUCCUCAACAAUCAAGCAAGAGUGAAAAGCGUGAUAAUCCCCCACCAUCUCUAGUUUCAGAUUCAGGAUCUAGUGAUCAUCAUAAUAAGUCCAAGUUUCCCUAUUGGUCAAACGUGUUUGCGCCUUCUUCUUCUUCUUCCUCAGUUUCUCAGUCUUCAUCUUCAGCUUCUGCGCAUAAGCAAGUCUCCACCGCUCGUAAUGGUUGGACAGCGCUUGUGAAAAAGGCGUAUAUGGCUAGUGGCGCGAUUAGGAGGUUCCAGGAGCGUGUUUUAGGUCCAAAUAGGACUGGUCUUCCAAGCACUACAAGCGACGUAUGGCUCUUGGGUGUAUGUUAUAAGAUAUCUGAGGAUGAAGCCUCGAAGGAAACGGAUGAUGGUAGUGUGAUGGCUGCGUUGCAACAAGAUUUUUCAUCCAGAAUACUGUUGACAUAUCGUAGAGGUUUUCAAGCCAUUGGAGAGACGACAUAUACCAGCGAUGUAAACUGGGGUUGCAUGAUUCGGAGCAGCCAGAUGCUUUUUGCUCAGGCGUUGCUUUUCCACAGGCUGGGGAGGUCUUGGAGGUCCAAGAAAUCCGAGGCGCUUGAACAAGAAUACUUAGAGACCUUGGAACCGUUUGGUGAUUCCGAGGCUUCAGCUUUCUCCAUUCACAAUCUUAUACUAGUUGGAGAGUCAUACGGUCUCGCUGCUGGUUCAUGGGUAGGACCAUACGCGAUUUGCCGGUCGUGGGAAUCAUUAGCGUGCAAGAAGAGAAAACAGACUGAUUCUAGUCAGCAGACGCUUCAUAUGGCUGUUCACAUCGUUUCUGGCAGCGAGGAUGGAGAGAGAGGUGGAGCUCCAAUACUCUGUAUAGAAGAUGCCACCAAAUCUUGUUUAGAGUUUUCGAAAGGAAACGCUGAGUGGACACCGAUUCUCCUUUUGGUCCCGCUGGUUCUUGGACUUGACAGAGUGAACCCCAGGUACAUUCCAUCACUCGUAGCCACAUUCACUUUCCCUCAAAGCUUGGGGAUUUUGGGUGGCAAACCAGGUGCCUCAACGUACAUUGUUGGUGUUCAAGACGAUAAAGGCUUCUACCUUGACCCACACGAAGUCCAACAGGUGGUCACAGUGAACAAGGAAACUAAAGAUGUUGACACAUCCUCCUAUCAUUGCAAUGUACUUCGUUAUAUUCCUUUGGAAUCACUUGACCCAUCUCUAGCCCUCGGAUUCUAUUGCCGCGACAAAGAUGAUUUCGACGAUUUCUGUCUCCGAGCAUCGAAACUAGCAGAAGAAUCAAACGGUGCUCCGUUGUUCACCGUGACUCAAACCCACAGCUUGAUUAUCCACAGCAGUUGCGAGUUUGUAGAGAACACCGAAGACGACGAACGUGAAGAUGACUGGCAAUUGCUCUGA